AUGGGUUAUUUAGGUAAUGAUGGUAAUACACUCACUUUUGAGGAAUCUUUGAAAUACAAAGAUUAAAUUAAAAAAGAUGGCAUAAUUUAAUUCCUUAAUCUAUACAAGAAAUUCAGAAAUAUUACUUAUAAGGAAACUAUAAAAAGUAUUGUUAAUGAAAAAUAUUUACCUAUACACUGGGGCGAUGAAGUAGAAGCUCAUAUUGUUUUACUAGAUAAAGAAUCUAAGAUUCCUAAAAUAGUUCCUGAUACACAUUAUUUAUUUUAAAGAGUUUAACAAGACUAGUAAGAAGACUCUGAAGAGGUUGCCUUCAAGCUAGUCCCUGAAUACGGCGGUUGGAUGAUCGAAACUACUCCUUCUAAUCCUUACUACUCAAUAAAUAACCUUUGUGCAGUUCCAUCUAGUUUGAGGGAGCGCUCUCUCAAAAUCAAUAGCUAUUUAAAUCCUGGGUAGAAAGUUCUCUAUACAUCAACUUUCCCUAUUUUAGGAUAAAUUGAUUAGAAAUAUUAUUAUAUGCCUUAAGCUUAAACUAACGAACAUGUUAAUGAAGUAACUUAAUCAUUAUUCAUCGAUGAUAGAAUCAUUAGUGAUCAUCCUCGUUUCCCAACUCUCUCUCGCAACAUUCGUACAAGAAGACAAGAAAAAGUUAAUAUUAGAGUUCCUAUUUUCAAAGAUAAAAGAACAAAUGUUCAAGUUUCUCAAUACAAUCCUGAUCCAAAUUUUAUUUAUAUGGACGCCAUGGCUUUUGGUAUGGGUUCAACCUGCAUUCAAACUACUUUUAGUGCCAAGAAUUUCUCACAUGCCCGUAGAUUAUACGAUUAGUUGGCUAUUGUUUCACCUUUGUUUUUAGCUAUGACUGCCUCAUCUCCUAUAUUCAGAGGUAAACUAGCUGCUGUCGAUACAAGAUGGGAUAUUAUCGCUGCUUCUGUUGAUUGUAGAAGUCGUGAAGAAAGAGAUCCUUAGUCAUCAAAAUACAUUCCUAAAAGCAGAUAUGAUUCUAUCUCAUAUUUUAUUAGUGAUGAGAAAAGAAAUCUUCCUCAAUACAAUGAUUUAAAAUUCCCUCUCAACGAAGAAAUAAUGAACUUCGCUCGUUAAAAAUCAAAAGAAAUGGGAUUAGGAUUAGAAAAUGAUGAAAAUUACAUCAGACACCUUGGUUUCUUAUAUAUCAGAGAUCCUCUCGUUCUUUUUGAAAAGAAAAUAAAUGUUGAUAAUGAAAAAGAAACUCUCCAUUUUGAAAAUAUUUAAUCCACCAACUGGAAUUCUGUUCGUCUUAAACCACCACCAUCUAUGGACUCAAACAUUGGCUGGAGAACAGAAUUCAGAACUAUGGAAUGCUAGAUUACUAACGAUGAGAACGCUGCUUUCAUGCUUUUAUCUCACAUCUUUGUCAGACUCUUCUACCAAUCUGAUAGUUUAAAUUUCUACAUCCCCAUUACUAAGGUAGACAUUAAUUUCUAGCGUGCUAAAUAAAUGGAUGCAAUCACUACUUAAAAAUUCUUCUUCCGUACUAACAUUCAUGACGAUGGCGAGCCCAUCAUUGAAGAGCUCACUUUACAUGAAAUAUUCUUUGGAAAAUCUAAUGUUUUCGAUGGUCUUUAUAAAUAUGCCAGCUAGAUCUGGGAAAGUAUGUUGAAAGAAGUUUUUGGAUAAAAUUAUAGCAUUAAAGACACAGAAUUUGAAAAAGUUUGGAACUUCAUUCGUGAACGUACUUCAGGUGAAAAAGUCACUGUUGCUAGAUGGAUUCGUAACUUCGUUAACAACCAUCCUGAAUAUUAAUAAGAUAGUGAAAUCACAAAUUCAAUUGCUUUUGAUUUAAUAGAAGCUAUUACUUCCAUCUCUGAUGGCACACUUUAAGAUGCAAACUUUACAACCAUCUUUUGA